CUACUCAGUGCCGUGCUGUCGCACUCCUGCGAAAAGUACUUGGCUGCAGGAAGAAUAGCUCGCCAUGCAGUUGUGACUCCAUCGUGCCCAUGGGCACGAUUCCCUCGUUGUUUCACCGCUCUCUGUCCUUCUUCAAUCGUCGUCGUGUCACUGACGGCAACGCGUCAGCUUCAUCCUCAUCGUCUGCUCCUCUGAUGAGCGCCUCAUCGACGACGGUCGUGUGGCAGUGGGAGACCGACCACAGCGGGUGGUGUCCGUGGGACGGUCACGCACAGCGAGAUCUCGAGAGGCACUUCCACAGCGGAGGUCAGCGGAACUUCGACCUCGGCGUCGGUUCCAGGACUUACGAGAUUGACUUCAACAACAUGCUGCAGAGAAACAAACACACCGGUAGGUACCUGCCAGAAAGGGCACGUGUCUGUGUCCGGGGAGCUGAGCUUGUCAUCGACUGUCGUGUCGUCUUGGUGGUGGGGAUGUUGUCAUGUUAGGUGUGCAGAGGCGCAUCCGGCGGGAGGUGGGCAACUUCGUGUGGGAGUUCGAUGCAGGCGGGCAGCAGGGGUGGACUGUGUAAGCCACAAGACACACACACACACACACGCGACGGUGUGUUAUGCAUGAGCAUGGUCCGUGUGUCUGUUUGUGUGUGGCAGGUUUGACGCGCCCACCGCGACUCAGCUGGAGGUGGAGAGCCACCUGUGCGCCAACAACGGCCAGGUGACCUACACCCACCACAACCAGCGCUACGAGGCCAACCUCUUCAACCGCAAGCAGACCAACCUCCACACCAAUCAACAGCGCGACAUCAGGCGCAGGGACGUCAUGCCAGGCGCCGCCCCACACCCCCAUGGACAUCACCCCCAGUCCCACCACGCCCGCCAAUCCGCCGGCCGGUCUCACGCACAGUCGUCUGGACACCGACACGGACCCUAUCAUGGCCACGGACACGGCGGCAGGCAUUCCGGCGGCCGUCGGAGCGGCCAUGCGGCCAGUGCUUCGGCCUCUGCUGCAAGUGGCGGGUCGAUCGCGACACACUCAUUCGGCAGCGGGCGGAAGAUCUACACGUACAAUGACGAGUCGAUUCCGCAGGAGGACGUGGACUCGGUGCUCGAGGAUGUGCCGGACCGGCCAGAGAGGGAGGGAGAGGGAGAGGGAGAGGAGGGGGAGGGGGAGGGCGGGGGAGAGGCGUGUGCCGUCUGCAGCAUAUGUCACGACGAGUUGCGUGAGGACCUGGUGAGGUUUGUGGGCGACUGCCCCCACGUGUUCCACCGGGAGUGUGUACACAAUAUGGCCAAAUACGGCAGCGGCCACCUCAAGUGCCCCCUCUGCAACGCGGUCAAGCUCUACUCACAUGGAUCGCAGCCCAGUGGUCAGUCAGCUGAACACACACACACGCGCGCACACACAGACAUCUGGAUCGUCCACACAUCACAUCUGCUCGGGGUGUGUGUGUCAGGUGCGAUGGAGUGGACCACUGGUGACGAGCCGGUCUUGAAGGGCCACGAGGGCACCAAGACCGUCACCAUCACUUGGUCAUUCCCAGACGGAAUACAGGGUGGGUCUGCCCUGCCCCUCACACACAUAGACAAGGAGAGCGCUCACGCAUGCCACUGUGUGUGUGCUGGUUUGAUCAGGUCGCAAGAUGAUGAGUGAGGGACACCGGUAUCGCGGCACGAGCCGCACCGGCUACCUCCCCGAUACACCCACUGGACGCGCCAUCGCACAAAUGUUCAUCAGAUGCUUCGAACACGUACGUUGGUUGCCCCCCACACACACCCACACACCCCCCCACACACCAAUGCCAAUGCGACGUCUCUGUGUGUUGUGUUGUGUUGUGUGCAGGGUCACAUGUUCACAGUGGGGUCGAGUGUGACGACGGGCGCCGAGAACACGACUGUGUGGAACGGCGUCCACGUCAAAACCAAACCUGUCGGAGGUAGGACCAUCACACUCACGCUCACCACUCAGGCAGCACAGGAGGGCAACCACACCCAUUUCCCUCUCUCUCUGUACCCCCCAGGGUCGGCCAACUUUGGAUACCCCGACGAUGGGUACUUCAAGCGCGUGUUGGAGGAGCUGGCGGGCAAGCACAUUCUGCCCACACAGGAGGAGCGCGACGUGCUUACAGCCCAGGGGGUCAUCGAGCAAGCGACGUCCGCCAGCGCAUCGACGUCCGCAUCCACACCCGCAACCAACGCCGUCAACCCGUGAUCCUCCCGGCCCACCUGCCUGUUGACAUGCGGUGUUAUCCUCUGAGAUUUUGGUUUGAUUGCGUUUUUGAUACCGAUCGGCUGGGCGGUCCGGCGGCGCUUUCUUCUUAUGUUUGGGUGGGCCAUGAGUAGAGACAGACAAGGGGGGCCCUGCGUGUGUGAGACGACGGGUGAGUGAUGCUGUGGUUGGGCUUUAUGCUGAGUUGUGAGGUGAGUUGUGGUGGUGAUGUGUGUGUGGGUGUAUGUGAGUACACGGCUCUCUCUCUCUCUCUCCGGUGCCUGCGUCCAUCUCUCCAUCUACACAUUUGUCGUUGUGUCGUGGACAUUGCUGCUGGCGGUCCGUCUGGUGUGUUGCCGGCUUCUCACCCACCUGCAGCGAGGCCGCUGCAUUGUGUCGGCGCUCUUGCUGCUGAGUGUCUGAUGCAAUGAAGAGGCAGCGAUGUAUGUGGGUGGGAAGAGGGGACACCGGAUGACGGCGCCAAGGAUAUGAAACAAACACCCACCCAUACGUGAAGUCGGGUCAUUGUAAGAUAGAUAUUCCUGCUGUCUCUCUGUGGUCUUCUGGGCAUGUUCCCUUCACCAGGGGCGAGUGUGCGGCGGGUGGUGGUACCGACUCACCAUCCGCUGCGUGUCUUGUCUUCGGUGAUGGCGACAUUCAGAAAUCACAUGAGAGCGAGUUAGCAGUCGGUUUUCCCAUCGUUGGUUCAGACGGCCCGCCUGCCAGGCAGCGGGCGGGCCUUUCCGAUUCUUUCUAUGUGUGUGCGUGUGUGUGUGAGAGAGAACGAGAGCGUGUGUGCGUCCCGCCUUGUUGGUGUGUAUGUGUGUGUGUGUGUGCGUGUCUUUGUAUUGAAUACGUGUGCCCGUCUAUAGCAUAUGCUUUCAUACACGUGCAUACAUUUAGUGGAUGGCAGCGGACCGCUGCAGAUUGACCUCAUCGAUUAUGGAACCAGCUUUUCACAGUCGUUGCC